UUCAUCAAAAUAAGAAAAAAAAAGAAGAUUGAAAAUGGAAAAACAUUCACGUUUUAGCCGAAAAUCAUUAUUUGAUCGUACAUUUUUCCUGUCUAGAUUAAUUUUCACUUAUGUAUUUCCAAUAUUUUAUCAAGGUUACAAAAAUAAUGGUCUCGAUUUUCAGGAUUUAUAUCGUUGUCCAAAAGAUGAUGAAGCCGAAAAAAGUUUAAAAACAUUAAAAAGAAGCUGGACAAAAGAAUUAAAAAGUAAACAACCAAAACUAUGGCGUGCAUUAGCACGUGCAUUUGGUCCAUCAUUUAUAUUACCAUUAUUUUGUUAUUUAUUCGAAGAAUGUUUCAUACGUAUUGUACAACCAUUUUUACUUGGUCGUGUUAUUAGAUAUUUUUCAGAAAAUACAAAUAUAACCUAUUUGGAUGCAUGUUGGUCAGCAGCUGGUGUGACCAUUUGUACUGCAUUUUUUAUAUCAUGUCAUCAUCCAGCAAUGAUACAAACAAUGCGUAUCGGUAUGCGUAUGCGUACAGCAUGUUGUUCAUUAAUGUUUCAAAAAUCAUUACGUUUAAGUCGUGCAUCGGUCAAUCAAACGGCCGUUGGACAAAUUGUUAAUAUCAUGUCCAAUGAUGUUAAUCGUAUGGAUGAGUUUAGCAUUUUUGUUUCAUACAUAAUUGUAUCACCAAUACAAAUGUUCAUUGUUAUCUAUAUUCUUUAUGGAUAUAUUAAUUGGACUUGUUUUGUUGGUCUUGCAUUAUUGUUUUUAUUAAUACCAAUACAGGUAUAUAUGGGACGAUUAUUUUCACGUGUACGUUUCAAUACAGCCAAACAAACAGAUAAAAGAUUACGAUUGAUGAGUGAAAUUACAUCCGGUAUACGUGUAAUUAAAAUGUAUUCAUGGGAAAAACCAUUCGCAAAUCGUGUUGCCGAUGCACGAAAAACGGAAGUAAAAUAUAUCCGUCAAGCUUGUUAUUUGAAAGCAAUCAAUUUAUCAGUGUUUUUUGUGGCCACACGUAUUGUAUUGUUUGCUUGUUUCAUCACCUAUGUAUUGGUUGGUAAUCAAUUAACAUCGGAAGCAGUGUUCGUAUCGAUGGCAUUAUUCAAUACAUUGCGAUUGACGAUAACAUUUUUUUUUCCAAAUUCAAUUGGUCUUGCAUCUGAAUUAUUAAUCGGUUGUAAACGGAUUGAAAAUUUUUUAUUAUUAAAAGAAAUGGAAUCAAUUGAAGAUAAUGAUGGAAAAUUUAAAAGAGAAAAAAAUUAUAUACAAAAUAACCAUAUUGCAAAUAAUGAAAAUGAUGAUGAUAAAAAAUCCAAUGAAAAUCUUGCUAAUAAUUUAUUAAUGGAAAAAAAUGAACCAAAAUUAAUGAUCAAUAAUAUUGUGGCCAAAUGGAGUCCAGAAUUGAUGCAACCAACAUUACGAAAUAUAAGUGCCAGAUUAAAACCAGGUGAUUUACUGGCCGUAAUUGGACCAGUUGGUGCUGGUAAAAGUUCAUUAUUGAUGAGUAUAUUACGAGAAUUACCACUUGAAUCCGGUAAAAUUGAAUUAGAAGGAUCAUUAUCAUAUGCUAGCCAAGAUCCAUGGUCAUUCAAUGAAACUGUUCGUAAUAAUAUUCUAUUCGGUAUGCCAUACGAUCAAAAACAUUAUGAUCAAGUGAUCAAAGUUUGUGCAUUGGAACGUGAUUUAACAUUGAUGCCAUUCGGUGAUAGAACAUUGGUUGGUGAGAAAGGUGUUUCAUUAAGUGGUGGACAAAAAGCUCGUAUCAAUUUGGCUAGAGCAAUUUAUCGAAAUUCCGAUAUAUGUCUAUUAGAUGAUCCAUUAUCAGCUGUCGAUACAGCUGUAGCUGAACAUAUAUUUGAAAAAUGUAUUAUGGAACAUUUAAAAUCAAAGAUUCGUAUAUUGGUUACACAUCAAAUUCAAUUCAUACAAAAAGCAACAAAAAUUUUAAUACUUAAAGAAGGUGAUUGUUUAGCAUAUGGAUCAUUUACUGAAUUACAACAAAUGGGCAUUGAUUUUAUGAGUUUGUUAGCUGAAAAACAGGAUCCAAACAAUAAAGAUGAUGAUGAUAAUAAUGGUGAAAAACAUCGAAAAUUAACAAUUUCCAGUUCAUUUGAUGGUUCAGAAAUUGUUUUACAAUCCGAUACAAAUAUGCGUGGCCGUACAUGUACCAUUUCAAGUGGACAAGAAGGUUUUGAAGUUUUACCAUCAGAUAAUGAUGAUGUUAAUGACAUCGAUAAUUUAGAAAAAUCAACCGACAACAAAUCCGAUGCAAAAUUAACAGAAGAACAAUUUCAACGUGGUUCAAUUAAAUGGAAAGUUUAUCGUGAAUAUUUAAAAGCCGGUGCUACUAUAUUGUCAUUAACGGUGACAAUUUCAUUUCUUAUACUAUCACAAACAAUUUUCGUUGGAUCAGAUCUAUUUUUAACAGCAUGGACAAAUAAAAAUCAAUAUGGUCAAACACAAAUAUCGGAUAUGGAACAACAUCGUGAUAUUAUUAUCUAUUCAAUAUUGAUUGUUAGUCUUUUCAUUACAACUAUUGUUCGUUCGGUUUCAUUUUUUCAAAUAUGUAUGCAUGCUUCUGAACGAUUACAUAAUCAAAUAUUUGAACGUCUAUUACGUGCACGUGUUGCAUUUUUUGAUCAAAAUCCAGCUGGCCGUAUAUUGAAUCGUUUUACAAAAGAUCUAGGAAUUAUUGAUGAAAUGUUACCCAGUACAGCAUAUGAUUUGAAUUUAACAUUUUCACAAGCAAUUGGUGUUGUUAUCACUGUUAGCAUUGUCAAUUGGUGGCUAAUUUUUCCGGCAAUUUUAUUGACAAUUUUUGUAUUUUUUAUGAGAACAAUUUACAUUAAAUCUGCACGUGAUAUUAAACGUUUUGAAAGUUUAGCACGUAGUCCAGUCUAUUCACAUAUAAGUACAACAAUCAAUGGUUUAGCAUCGAUACGUGCAUUUGGUGUACAAGAAGCAUUUGAACGGCAAUUUUUUAUCUAUCAAAAUGACCAUAGUGCUACAUGGUUUUUAUUUAUAAGUUCAUCAAGAUGUAUGGGCCUAAUGGUUGAUUGGAUUUCCACUAUUUAUAUUGCAGCUAUUUCAUUUGUAAUUAUGAUAUCAAAAGAUUUACAAGGUGGUAGUGCUGGAUUAGCAAUAUCAUCUGGUUUAAUGUUGGCUGGUAUGACACAAUGGGGUGUAAGACAAUCGGCAGAAUUUGAAAGUCAAAUGACAUCUGUUGAACGUAUUGUUGAAUAUCAAGAUCUACCAAAAGAAUCAUCAGCUGAAUCAAAACCAGAACAACGACCACCAAUUGAAUGGCCAACCGAUGGUACCAUUGAAUUUGAUCAGAUGUAUUUACGAUAUGAUGGUAGUGAUAAACCAGUAUUGAAGAAUAUUGAUUGUACAAUUUAUGGUGGUGAAAAAAUUGGUAUCGUUGGUCGUACAGGUGCUGGUAAAAGUUCCAUUAUUUCGGCAUUGUUUCGUUUGACCGAAACAGAUGGAUCCAUUCGUAUAGAUGGUAUCGAUACUAAAUCGAUUGGAUUGAAUGAUCUUCGUAAAAAAUUGUCGAUAAUCCCACAGGAUCCUGUAGUGUUUACCGGUUCGGUUCGAUAUAAUUUAGAUCCAUUUCAUGAAUAUGCAGAUGAUAAUAUUUGGAGUGCAUUAGAACAGGUGCAGCUAAAAGCACAGGUAAAUAAUUACAAAGGUAAACUGGAAACAAUGAUCACUGAAAGUGGUAGCAAUCUAAGUGUCGGUCAACGGCAAUUAAUUUGUUUGGCACGAGCGAUCCUAAAAAAUAAUCGAAUAUUAAUAUUGGAUGAAGCAACGGCCAAUGUUGAUCAUCAAACCGAUCAACUUAUACAGCAAACAAUAAGAGAAAAAUUUUGUGAUUGCACCGUAUUGACCAUUGCACAUCGUCUUAAUACAAUUAUUGAUUGUGAUCGUGUUCUAGUAUUGGAUGCCGGUGAAAUUGUUGAAUUUGAUAUUCCAUAUUUCCUAUUAAGAAGUAAAGGUAGUUUCUAUGAAAUGUGUAAAAAAACUGGCAGAGCAAUGUUUGCAAAUCUAUAUCAAUUGGCAAAGAUUACACAUAAAAAUCAAUUAAAAUCAAAUUUGAAUGAAGAAAUUGGAGAAAAAACCAUACAGCCAUUAGAUGAACAAGAUGAUGUCGAUGAUGAAGAAUUAUUGACUGGCAAACCAAAUGAACAUCGUUUUGACUAAAUUUAAGUGAACCAAAUCAACAACAUCAUUCAUUUUCAUUUACAAUAGAUGUAAACACUGAAGAUUUUAUUUUGUGAAAAAUUUUUUUUUAUUUUCAAUCAUCAUCAUUCAAAAA